GUGACGGAGGGGUGACGAAUCUAUCUUCCCCACGGCUACCCGCCACCACUUCUUUCCCUUAUUCCCCAAAUCCGAUUCAGAUUCUCCAUUUUUUCUCCUCUCUCCGUUAAAUUUCAGCUUCACUUCUUCAAUUCCAACGAAACUGAAGCUCCAAACAUCGCCCUUCCUGUUGAAUCGCCAUCGACAUGGUAUCCCCUGAAACCACCAAUUGGCUCUUCGAUUAUGCGUUAAUGGAUGAUAUUCCUGUUGCCGAUGCAAAUUUCUCUGCCCCCACUGCCGGCUUCUCCUGGUCCAUGCCAACGCUCAACGCCUCCUCCAAUGUCAGCACGGAAAUUGAAGGAUCAUUGUUCGAAUCGGAUGGCCUGAAGGAGCCUGGUUCAAAGAAGAGGGUCAGAACUGAAACAAGUUGCGCAUCUAGCUCAAAAGCAUGUCGGGAGAAGCUGCGGAGGGACAGACUAAAUGACAAGUUUCUGGAAUUGGGAGCUAUUUUGGAGCCCGGAAGACCACCUAAGACCGACAAGGCUGCCAUUUUGAUUGAUGCUGUUCGAAUUGUCGCUCAGUUACGUGGUGAAGCGAAGAUGUUGAAAGAUUCAAAUACAAGUCUAUCAGAGAAGAUUAAAGAGUUGAAGGCUGAAAAGAAUGAGCUUCGUGAUGAGAAGCAGAGGUUAAAAAUGGAGAAAGAGAAGUUGGAGCAGCAACUAAAAGACAUGAAUUCACAACCUGGCUUCUUGCCUCCAGCCAUCCCUCCCACUUUUGCUGCUCAAGGCCAAGCAGCUGGAAACAAGUUGGUUCCUUUCAUCAGCUACCCAGGAGUUGCCAUGUGGCAGUUCAUGCCACCUGCAGCGGUCGACACCUCACAAGAUCACGUACUCCGCCCUCCUGUUGCUUAAUUAGGCAACCUGAAAACGAGGGGCGGUUUGAGAUUGCACAUUCUGACUACCCCAUUUGUACUGAUUCUACCAUUAUUCUCGACUCGACGCUUGUUUCAUAUCCUUGUUUAACUGGAUGAUGAUAUGAUGGCUAUAUCUCGACUGUAUUUGCAAGUUGUAGACUUUUUAUGGAAUCAAUGCUGGGUUUUAGCUGUAAGAAUGUGAAUAAGUUAAACCAGCAUGUGAAUGUUGAUGAGAAUAGGCUAACAAUGGGAUGUUUUUGCCUGCAAUACUGCUAGAGACUGAUUUUUCUUGGAUGGCUAGUGAACUGUACAUAU